AUGAGCACUGAACUCCAACAGGUCCAGAAAGUGUGGGAUCGUACUCGCCCCAACAGCCCUAUAUAUGAAUUCCUUCUAAAUGAGAUUGAACUUUAUGAGGCUGAAAAGGGUGUGGUGCGAGCUCGACUCCAAGUCGGCCCUCGCCAGCUCAAUUCCAAGCGCACCCUCCACGGUGCUUUCUCAGCCUGUGUGACUGACUGGGCCGGUGGAAUGGCCAUUGCCUCCCACGGAUUGGACUCUACGGGGGUCAGCACAGAUAUUCAUGUCAAUUAUCUCUCCACGGCCACUGACGGUGAUUGGCUUGAAAUUGAAAGUCGGGCCAACAAGGUUGGCAAAUCCCUUGCCUUUACAACCGUGACGAUCUCAAAAAGGACCGAGGAUGGUCUUGUGAUCGUUGCUCAGGGUUCGCACACCAAGUAUGUGCGAGCUCGAUAG